AUGACAGCUUCCAUGCGUGCCAUCUCUUCAACACUACCGCUGGGCUUUCCAUCCUCACGCUCGCCCUCUCCUCACUGCUCGGCCAUGGCGUCCAAGACAGUUCCAGCUAUGAAUCCCUGGGAGGUCAAUGCUCUCAAUUAUGAGUUCCCUCAAGAGGGCUCUUUCAAUGUUGACGGCACAGUAAACUCUGCAGGUACUUGGCGUCGAGUUCAAGACCCCGUCAUCUACCCCGGGCUCUACGCUCCCAGUGGGAUCGACAUCAUGUCCAUCUUGUUCCGUGUCAUGGGCCGACCAAACCCUCAAGUUGUUCUUGGUCCAGUGGACUGUUCGGUCGCUCUUGUCGUGUGCGACAUGGGCCAGGCCGAUGCCCCCGUCAUCUAUGUUUCUGACUCGUUCUCCGAACUCACUGGAUACACGGCUCGUGAGGUUCUUGGGCGAAAUUGCCGCUUCCUCCAAGCACCACCAGGGCAUGAACGGUCUCUUGACAGGAAGGGUACGGACAAGGUCGCUUCACACCGCAUGCGUCAGGCCGUCUGUGCUGGAAGGGAGAUUCAGAUCCCCGUCACCAACUACAAGAAAUAUGGCCAGCCAUUCAACAACCUUCUCACCAUAAUCCCCGUUCCUGUCGAUGAAACUGGCUGUCGUUACUGCAUCGGCUUUCUGAGUGAGAUGGACUGA